UUCCAGUUCUCCAAGGGGACAGUGUACUGGACGGACGUGAGCGAAGAGGCCAUCAAGCAGACCUACCUGAAUCAGACGGGGGCCGCCGUGCAGAACGUGGUCAUCUCCGGCCUGGUGUCGCCCGACGGCCUGGCCUGCGACUGGGUCGGCAAGAAGCUGUACUGGACGGACUCGGAGACCAACCGCAUCGAGGUGGCCAACCUCAACGGCACGUCCCGGAAGGUCCUCUUCUGGCAGGACCUUGACCAGCCGCGGGCCAUCGCCUUGGACCCCGCUCACGGGUACAUGUACUGGACAGACUGGGGUGAGACACCCCGAAUUGAGCGGGCGGGGAUGGACGGCAGCACCCGGAAAGUCAUUGUGGACUCAGACAUCUACUGGCCCAACGGGCUGACCAUCGACCUGGAGGAGCAGAAGCUGUACUGGGCCGACGCCAAGCUCAGCUUCAUCCACCGUGCCAACCUGGACGGCUCGUUCCGGCAGAAGGUGGUGGAGGGCAGCCUGACGCACCCCUUUGCCCUGACGCUCUCGGGGGACACGCUGUACUGGACGGACUGGCAGACCCGCUCCAUCCACGCCUGCAACAAGAGGACCGGGGAGAAGCGCAAGGAGAUCCUCCGUGCUCUCUACUCGCCCAUGGACAUCCAAGUGCUCAGCCCCGAGCGGCAGCCCUACAUCCACACGCAGUGUGAGGAGGACAACGGGGGCUGCUCCCACCUCUGCCUGCUGUCCCCGCGGGAGCCUUUCUACACGUGCGCCUGCCCCACUGGCGUGCAGCUGCAAGACAACGGCAAGACGUGCAAGGCAGGGGCCGAGGAGGUGCUGCUGCUGGCGCGGCGGACGGACCUGCGGAGGAUCUCGCUGGACACGCCAGACUUCACCGACAUCGUCCUGCAGGUCGAUGAUAUCCGGCACGCCAUCGCCAUCGACUACGACCCGCUGGAGGGCUACGUCUACUGGACGGACGAUGAGGUGCGGGCCAUCCGCAGGGCGUACCUGGACGGGUCGGGGGCGCAGACGCUGGUCAACACCGAGAUCAACGACCCCGAUGGCAUCGCGGUCGACUGGGUGGCCCGAAACCUCUACUGGACGGACACGGGCACGGACCGCAUUGAGGUGACGCGCCUCAACGGCACCUCCCGCAAGAUCCUGGUGUCCGAGGACCUGGACGAGCCCCGCGCCAUCGCGCUGCACCCGAUGAUGGGCCUCAUGUACUGGACAGACUGGGGGGAGAACCCCAAAAUUGAGUGCGCCAACCUCGACGGGCAGGAGCGGCGCGUCCUGGUGAACACAUCCCUCGGCUGGCCCAACGGCUUGGCCCUGGACCUGCAAGAGGGGAAGCUCUACUGGGGAGACGCCAAGACGGACAAAAUCGAGGUGAUCAACGUCGAUGGGACAAAGAGGCGGAUGCUCCUGGAGGACAAGCUCCCGCACAUUUUCGGGUUCACGCUGCUGGGGGACUUCAUCUACUGGACCGACUGGCAGCGGCGGAGCAUCGAGCGCGUGCACAAGGUCAAGGCCAGCCGGGACGUCAUCGUCGACCAGCUGCCCGACCUGAUGGGGCUCAAGGCCGUGAAUGUGGCCAAGGUCGUCGGGACCAACCCGUGUGCGGACCAGAACGGGGGCGCAGCCACCUGUGCUUCUUCACCCCCCGUGCCACCAAGUGCGGCUGCCCCAUCGGCCUGGAGCUGCUGAGCGACAUGAAGACCUGCAUCGUCCCCGAGGCCUUCCUCGUGUUCACCAGCAGGGCCACCAUCCACAGGAUCUCCCUGGAGACCAACAACA